AUGUUCGAUAAUCUUUAUCAUCGAAAAUACGAAGCCGAAGAAGAGAACCAAUUAGUCAUGUCGGUGACAGUGGAAGGUGCUGAAGAAAGAGCUGCUCCAGAAGAACAUGGUGCCGAGAAGGAAGAAAAUGUUAUAGAGGUUGACAGAGAUGCUAUAUCACUCGAUUUGACUCGCACUCGUCUUAUGAAAAUUGAAGGCUUCGAGUUCCUUCGUAAAAUCGAAUCUCUCUGUUUGAGAUGGAAUCUGCUGAAGAAAAUUGAAGGUUUGGAUACUCUGACAACAUUAAAUUAUCUGGACCUUUAUGAUAAUCAGAUUGAGAAAAUCGAAAACCUUUCAACCUUAGUAAAUUUGGAAACGUUGGAUCUCUCUUUUAACCGCAUUACUAAAAUCGAAAAUCUGGAGAAGCUAACGAAACUGAAGACCCUCUAUCUUGUUCACAAUAAAAUCACAAAAAUUGAGGGUCUUGAAGAGCUUGUCAAUUUGGAAUACCUCGAGCUCGGCGAUAACAGGAUCAAGAAAAUUGAAAAUCUUGACUCAAACUGCAACAUUGUGCGAUUGUUUCUCGGUGCCAAUCAAAUUCGAAAAAUCGAAAAUCUUACCAGCCUCAAGAAGAUCGAAGUUUUGAGUUUGCCUGCCAAUGCCAUAACGGUGGUUGAGGGUGUGUCUUCACUGAGCACCCUCCGAGAGAUUUACCUCGCUCAAAAUGGAAUACAAAGCACAUCUGGUCUGGAAAACCUUACGAAUCUCGAAAUCCUCGAUUUCAACUACAAUCGUCUCUGUAAGGUACAAGGCAUACGUCAUCUUAAGAAGGUCACUGAUUUUUGGGCGAAAAAUAAUAAGCUGGAAGACUGGCAGGUAUUCGAUGAACUGGUAGAGUUACCCUACUUGAAUCUCGUUUAUCUCGAAAACAACCCAUUCUCGGAGGCUCAAGACUACAGAGCGAAAGCCAUUCGACUAUUGCCGCAGAUCACGCGUCUGGAUUCUACUCAAUGUCGUGACCCAUCCUUAUUGAAGGCUCCUGUCCUUGUGUAA